AUGUUAACUCAUGCGAAGCGAAAGGCCGCGGCCCCUGUCGGACUCCUCGGCUGGCCCGCCGAGGGGCUCCGCGCCAGGACGGAGCCCUUGGCCCGCGCCGCCUCGAGCGCGCCGCCUCGACCGCGCCGCCUCGAACGCGCAGGUCUGGACCUGAACGCCACCGCCGUGCUGUCCCCCGCCCUGGGCGCCGCGCGGGCCGUGCUCUUCGGCGCCCGCUCAGGGCUUCUCCUCGACGCGUCCAGCCCGAACCUGUCCAGGUCCAUGGCUGCCGUGCUGGGGCCCCUCAUGGCGGCGGCGCCGGGCAUUCGCAUCGUUCAGGCGGCCGCGGGGGAGGGCGAGUCGGUGGCCGGCUUCGCCGGGGACAAUGACUUGGCAUUCGUGGUGCCAGGCGACGCCCGCCCGAUCCAGGUCGGCGGUGGCGUACGUGGCAUGUGGCGGAAGCUUGAGGCCGUGGCCCUUCCAGCGUGGGCGCCCACCGCGGCCGCCCCGGCCCGAGCCGCGGCCCCCGCAAGAGGUGCUCGCAGCAGCCUCCUCCGCCGCGCCGCGCUUCCCCGCGCGCGCUACCCACGGGCGCCAACCCCCUUGAUGGCCGCCGCCGCGAUGUGGGCGCCCUCGGCUGCACGCCGCCGCGGCCGAGGCGCCGCCGGCAGGCCCGCCGCGGCGCUGGCCCUGGCGCUCUCCGCGGCCGCCGCGCUCGCCGGCGCGGGCAGCCUCUCCGACGCGGGCGCGUUCGCGGGGCUCUCCCGCAGCGGCAGUGCCGCACGCGAGGUGGGCGUCGCCCGCUGGUCCCGGCAGCAUGGGCAGUGGCGCAGCGUCAAGGAUAAGACGUUGGCCGAGUUUCGUGGCAUGACCGAAGAGGAGCUCAAGCAGGUACGGACGGAUCAGAGGGCCGAGAGAUUCCGGCUCCGGCUGCAGUUCAAGGCCGACCAGAGCGGGAACACCGCGGACGCGCCCGCGAAAGACCUGUGCAAGUACAGGCUCCGCGCCGCCACCACCGUGCUCGCUAAGAUGAAGAAGGAUGAGGACAUCGAGAUCGCCGAGAAGCUCAAAGACGUUCCGGUCAAGGAGAAGAUGAUGUCCGAGUACUGGACGGAGCAGGACCAGGGCAACGCCAGGAAUGCCUGGGCCAAGCCGGCAGGACGUGACCGCAGUCUGGCCCGCAAGAGGGGGCACGACCUGUUCAAGAAGGAUUAUCGCCAUUUCAGGCCCGCGCACUUCUGGAGCAAACCCGAUUACUCCCAUUGCAACCAGAUGAUCGACGGUAACCUGGCUGAGGGAGCGAAGGUCUUCGCCGAGUGGAAGAAAUUCUACGAGAAGGAGGACAGGAAGUACUUCGGGAAGGACAAGAAGAUGCACGACGCCAGGCUCAAGCGCCAGAGGACGAGGUUCAACACGGGGCAGAGCAUCUAUCGCCUGGUCCCGGGCGGCGGGAAGACGGUCAGCCCGAAUGCCGUGCAGGUGCCAUGGUGGCGGUACGGCAUGACCCAGGAGCCCCCCGAGCCGAAGGACCAUACGGCCUUGAUGAGGAAGUCAUCGGUACCAUCGAACUGGGUACGGAAAGGACGAGAACGAAGACCGACAGCAUGUUCUGUUCAAGCUGAGCAGGACUCGGUGUCGGUGUAGCCGCGGACGAUGUCCAUUCGAGACAGAAGGCCGCCUGUCCGACAGCGGCCACUGCCGCUUUCGGACAAUAUAUGUUGUCGGGCAUCCUACCAAAUUUUUCCACACCCAGCUCGGAAGUACAAAGGUCCCGCCAGAUCCCAAAAGACCUGGAGCUGCAGGUCCCGAUGGUCUAUCCAGCUGCCGAGGAGUAGGGCGAGCCAGCGCGGUAGGCCCGCAUCUCUCGCAGGCAUGCCCCUGGCUUGGGGGUCGAGCUCCGGUCCCCCCCCCGCGCGGGAGGGCCCCGUGCGGUGGGCAGCCCCCAGGCCUUCGCCAGGGAAAGCGAGCGAGAACACAGCUCGCGGGCAGGGGCCGCUCACCGGCUCACGUAUCACGCCCCAUCCCAGCGAAGGCGCCUGCAGCGCGACAUCUUCGGCCGUGCAAAGUCCAUCCGUCGUUGCCGUCCUGUCGCCGAUGCCGCAGCAGUGUCGUCAUCGUAUUCUCGGCGCCGUCGGCGCUGCAAGCGCGCAUGCGCGUUUGAAGCAGCGCCUUCGGCUGUGGUAAUCAGUCGUCUUCUUAUUUUGACAUAGAAUGUUCGGCUCCCAAGGCAGUAUCCAU